CGCGUGAACUUUGUCUCUUGUAGUCAUCCACUCGUCACUCACUUCCUCCAAUAAUCCCUAAUUUACCGUGAAAUCAUGGCUGGUCCCAGGAAAUCCAAGCUCAGGAAAACUGGAAACAGUCUUCCGCCGCCGCCACCGCCUGGGGUAGACGAUGACGACCUUAUGAACGAGCUCAUGGCUCAGCUUGAUUCUCGAGACCAGACUGUCCAGACUGAAUCCGCUACUGUACUACAAGAUAUGACGUUGGAAAAGGAUGUUGAAAGCUCAGAAAAGCCUCAAGGGAAGCGCUCCAAGGACCGGUUCAAAGAGCGUCAGGCGCGGAAGGCAGCUACUCUGGCGAGUUCCUUCUCGCCAGAUGAUCCAGAGGCAUCCCGUAAAUUAGAACUGGAGGCAAGGCAGGAGGAGGAAUCUAUCAAACAAAUAUGCACUGAAUUGAAGGUCCAGAUACACGAGAUUAAUCCAGAUGGACAUUGUCUUUUCUCAGCCGUUGCGGACCAGCUCAGUUUACUCGGAAUCCUCCAACCUGGCCAAGCAACCCAUGUUGCCGUCCGCCUAGCAGCGUCCAACUAUAUGCUAUCCCAUCCCGACGAUUUUCUUCCCUUCUUGCCCUCAAUCGGCGGCGAAGACGCGGCAGGCUCCUACGAUGGAGGCCUGAUAAGUUCCCGCGAGUUCGAACAGUAUUGUACAACAAUUCGUGAUACGGGCGCAUGGGGUGGUGAACCCGAAAUUCUAGCUCUGAGUCGUGCCUUCAAUGUUCCCAUACAUGUCGUGCAAGGAGGCACACCGCCGGUUGUUGUUCAUCUUCCUAACGACACGCCUGGAGAAGAUGAUGUUCACAUUAAACGUGCCGUGCGUAUCAGUUAUCACCGGCGGAUGUAUGGGCUUGGAGAGCAUUACAACUCCCUCCGUCCAUCAUCUAGUCUAACAAAGAUGACUCGGGUCAUCGAAAAUAUUCUGUCAUGAUGUUCAUAAUGUUGGGUAUGGUACAGAAUUACAAUAUAAUCAAAACAAUAAG